AUGCGCCCCUGUACCGCCUCCUCAUGCUGCUGCCAGGCCCGUAAUCUGCCAUGGGCCCCCGUACCGACUCCUCAUGCUGCUGCCAGGCCCGUAGUCUGUCAUGGGCCCCUGUACCGCCCUCCUCAUGCUGCUGCCAGGUCCAGAGUGUGUCAUGGGUCCCUGUACGGCCUCCCAUUGCUGCUGUCUCUAUCGCCACACUCUGCCAUGUGCCACUUUUUCAGGUCUCCUCACACUGCUGGUGGUUUCCAUUUUUGUCAUAGGGUGCUGUAUGGCCUCCCAUUGCUGCUGCCUCCACCGCCACACUGUGGCUCCACACUCUGGUUUUGGCCCCGUGACUGCCCAAAUGAGUGAAGUGUGCGGUGAUUCUAAGAUCGACGGCACUCAUCUGCAUGUCAUACUGACUGACAGUAUUAUUUCUCUUCCCCAGCAGACUCCAAGGGCAUUUAAAUUAAAGGUACAGUGUUCUGCACUAAUAUUA